CAAAAAUGCCGAUUUUCUUUCAUCAUGAUGAUCAAAGUAUAUAAUGUGCAUCAAUCAUGCAAUACCAAUGAUUGCUAUUUUUUUGCAUGGUUACCAGCCAUGGUUAUUGAGAUGGGGUGCAUUUUCAAUUAGGGUAAGCACGGUGUCCUUGGUUUUGAGGGAUCAUGUGAUGCCUUUUUUGGGUUCCACUUUGUUGUAGUAAUGCAGCGCAAGGCUAUACUUUUAUUUUUGUUCUUGACGAUGAGUUUCAUCGACUAUUCCCAUUAGG